GAACGACCAAAAUCAGCCAGAUCAGCCAAGAUGUCUACGUUCGUGUUAAUCGCGUAAAACAGAAAGGACCCUUUCGUUUGAUUUUCGAGAGGGCAAAAUUGUACGAUUAUAUAUUUCGGACCGGUACGAAUUGUACGGCAAACGGAAGUUUCUUGAAUCUUGGAAAGUGAUCGCAAACGUGUACUGUGAGUCAGAAUGACCGAGGAAGCGCAACAAUCCGAGAGUACUGCACAGAACGAUAGCUGUUCCGUGCAGAACGAUACGCAAAUCAAUUCGUCGGAUGUUGGAAAAGCCAAAGAUAACAAAAAAGAAAAAUGUCGUCCUAUAACGAAGGUGGUGAUCAGAAGACUACCUCCAUCAAUGACUCAGGAUCAAUUCUUAGAGCAAGUCUCUCCACUGCCAGUACACGAUUACUUGUACUUUGUGAAGGCAGACAUGUCCCUUGGCCAGUUCUCAUUUUCUCGUGCUUAUAUUAAUUUCGUGGAGCAACAAGACAUCUUCAUGUUUCGGGAGAAGUUUGACAACUAUGUCUUCUUAGAUUCUAAAGGAGUAGAAUAUCCUGCAGUAGUAGAAUUUGCGCCUUUUCAAAGAUUACCAAAGAAACGGAUGGGCAAAAAAAAGGAUGUCAAAUGCGGUACCAUCGAAAGUGAUUCGUAUUAUAUAAGCUUCUUAGAGAAUUUAAAGAAUCAAGAAAUUGAUUCGAGUGUAGCCCAAUCAAAAACCGAAUAUUCUUAUCAACCACCAGAUAAUACAGUGAAGAAAAUUACUACAACUCCAUUGCUCGAGUACUUGAAACUUCGUAAGCAGGAGAAACAACGUCUUAGGGAUGAGAAGCGUGAGGAGAGACGACGCAGAGAUAUAGAAAGACGGAGAACCAAAGAUGAUCCUGUUAUCUCUAAGGUUUUAAGAAAUCCAGACUUAGAUAAAGAAUUGAGCAAAGAUGAUAAAGAGAAUAAAGAAGAAAGAGAUAAACUCUCACCAAAGGAAUUGAAAAAUAAAAACAAAAGAGACGAGAAAAUAAGGGAGAAAUCAACGCGAGAUCGAGAAAUUAAACCUAUCAUUAAGGGAUAUAGAGACCGAGUUGACGAUAGAAAUAAGGAAAGAGAAAUCAAGCAACGGCGAUACGAUGAGAAAAAGUCAUAUGGUAGACGCGACGAAAGAGAAGAUAGAAGAAUCGAGCUUCGAGACGACAGGAGAUAUGAGAUGAAGGAAGACUUUAGGGAGUCCAGAGACAGAAAGGUGGAGGAAAGACGCGGAAAAAGUUACGAGAAAAUGAGACAAGAGAAGAAAAAGUUAGCCGAAACGAAAAAACAAAUUGCCGAUGCAAAUGGAGAUGAUACAACUUCAAAGAAAGCGAAGGAAGAAUAUGAUACUGUAUCAGAGAAGGAAAAUGGAAAUAGCAAAGAAUCUAUAUAUAAUGGAGAUGAUUUAAGACACAUUAAAGACAACGAAUGUGAGCAACGUAAUACUGCCGACGAUAGGAUAACGAUGGACACAUUACAAAAUUGCCAGGACAGUGUGGAAGAAGGAAACGAUUCGGUCAAUGCAGAUGUCAAUGAUGAAGACGAUUCUGAAGAUAAGGAAUCGAAAGUUGUAAAGAGGCGUAAUUCCCUCGAAAGUGGCGGCGAAGGCGGUGCAGGUGAUGGCAACUGUUUACGACGUCACAAAUCACUAGACGGGGGAGACCAAAGUAAUCUCCAGAAGAAUGAUAACGAGGAGAAAGAGAAGGAUAAGAAAGAUCCACGAAUGGAACGAAGAAUACGAAAUAAGGAUCGCCCGGCAAUGGAGAUUUAUAGACCCGGCAUGGGCAAAUUUAGCAAGCAACGGCUAGAACGUGAGAAAUCCAAUGACGAACGGGCGUCUCUGUCGCAAAGUCCCACACCAAAUCCUAGUGCCUCCUCUGCAACUGGCAAGCCUGGAAAAGUUACUGCCACGGAAGUACGCUCGAUGACAUUCAAACGCAGCGUCACUCGCGACGCAGCGUAAAGGAUUCUCAUUUUCAGGUCUUAUCACUUGGACGUACUUCACCGACAGAUUUACGGAUGACACUUUGACUUCCGCGCGCAGCAGAUUUAAAUGCCUAUAAUUUUCCUCGUCGUGCUGUAUAAAACAUAUCGCGAUCUUUGCUGUGUGUUAAAAUGUUAAUUCUAAAUGUGUAUACUAGAUAAACAUUUCACACAGUCUGAUUAUAUCAUACGUUUCGCAGAUUUCUUUUUUU